CCCAGUGUUGGACCUGCAGUGUUUUGUGGACUGGGUCUGACUGUGGGUCUGCUCGGUGGCUGCUGGAAUUAUUUAUAAUUAUUCCUCUUAUAUUGAAAAUGAAUCCAGGACAACGGAGUGUGACUUGUGUCCCAUCGUCUGCCUGGUAACAGAUGAUGAUCAGGUCAUGUGAUCCUACCUCUGCUUCUUCCAGCAGCUCUCAGUCAGACUCUCUCAGUGUUUGUCAGGUCAACAGAGGAACAUGGCUUCAUCCUUUCUCAGCUUCUCCCUCCUCUUCAUCAGCCUCCACGCAGCAGAUGGAUUUCGGAGCUUUUAUGUGACCCGCUGUGAGUUUAACUCCACUGAGCUGAAGGACAUCGAGUACAUCAGGUCUACUUAUUACAACAAGAAGGAGAUCGUCAGGUUCAGCAGCAGUGUGGGGAAGUUUGUUGGAUUCACUGAGUACGGACUGAAGUGUGCUGAUGACUGGAACAACAAUCCUUCAUAUAUGGCUGGGCUGAGAGCUUCGAAGGAGAGGUACUGCCUAAACAACGUUGGGAUCGACUACCAGGCUCGUCUGUCUAAGUCAGGUGAGUUUGUUUCUGUAACAUCCAACAGCAUCAGAUCAUCAUGUUAUUGAUUACUUAUUGAUUCAUUAACACUCUGACUGAACCAACCUCAGCUCUGAUUUAUAUAUUUAUAUUGAUCAUCAUGCACAGAAGAUGUUUAUAAUAUUAUCUGAUUUUACACAGCAGUUUGUUCUGAGUUACAAACGUUAUGAAAUAUAAUACCAGACUAAUGUUCAUGUUCCUUCAACACAUCAGAAUAAAGUCUGUGUCGCCUCCUGGUGGAGAAACUCUGCUACUGCUACUACUGAUGAUAAAAUAACGUUAAAUUGAUUAACAUUAAAUAUCACUAACAUCGCUGCCAAGAUCGACAA